AUGAAUGUUGGUUUCAAAUUAUGUUUUAUAGUCUGGGUUUAUGAAUAUAAUGGUGGUUCUGUAGUGGCAAUGAUGGGAAAAAACUGUGUCGCCAUCGCGACUGAUAAACGUCUCGGCGUGCAGUUAAUGACCGUCUCCACAGAAUUUCCAAAAAUUUUUCAAAUCACCGAUAAAACUUAUCUUGGAUUGGCUGGAUUAGCUACCGAUGUUCAAACUUUAUCUGAACUUUUUCGAUACAAGGUAAACAUGUACAAAUUACGCGAAGAACGUGAAAUGGAACCUCGUACCUUUGCCCGUAUGGUUGCCUCUACUUUAUACGAAAGACGAUUUGCGCCCUACUACAUAAGUCCAAUUAUCGCUGGCCUAGACAAAAAUAAUGCACCAUACAUCUGUGGCAUGGAUUUGAUUGGAUGUCUUACCACCACAGAUGAUUUCGUGGUUGCUGGCACAGCUGAGGGAAGUUUGUUAGGAAUGUGCGAAACUUUGUAUGAACCUGAUUUGGAACCCGAGGAUUUAUUUGAGACAAUCUCACAAGCAUUAAUUAAUGCUGUAGAUAGGAAUGCAGCCAGUGGUUGGGGUGCUUUAGUACAUGUCUUAACUCCAGAAAGAGUAAUCACACGCACACUUAAGACUCGUCAG